AACUGUCCCCAGCCUGAAUGUUUUCUUUCAGUUCAUUCAUCUGCUUGCUGUCUUAGCUUUUAGAGGGACUUGAAAUAUGAAAGCGGAAGCUCAUGUAGCAGCACUUCCUUGUUGAAGAACUCCAGCCCACCAGCUCGAACAAACCUCUGUGAGAGUUUGAGGUUUAUGUAGCCAGAGAACAGUGCACCGGGGUCUCUCUGUCCUCUCUUCAGUACAGGAGACUGAACACUGUCAGCAGCAGUUGCUUCUUGACCAGUAUGGCAAAAUGGAAAUUGUGCUUUGUUCUGCUUCUGCCACUAACUGUGUGUUUGUGCAAACAAGAGACUCUUGUGAAAAAAGCUGGGAGCAAAUCAGCUGUCACUCCACUGUGCACCAAUUCAACAGAUGCUAUCAUCACACUUAUAGUUUGUAAGGUCAGCACAGAGAGAAGCAGAGAAGAGUGUCGUCUGAUGUAUCGUCAUGGAGAUGACUUUAAGAAUGAGUGUGAGUCCAGGUUCACACUUACAAAAGUCAACCAGACUGUGUUUCUUCAGCUGAGCAGUUUAACACCAGAGGACAGUGGGAACUUAACCUGUGAGUGUUCACAUCCUGAUGGAACAGAUUUUCUGUCUCUGAGUAUCACUGUGGAAGAGGGUGACAACACCACCAGUCCUGAAAAAAAUGCAUUUUCAAAUGCUGCGAUUGGUGUGACAAUAGUCAUCAUUAUAACUGGAGUUAUUCUUGGGUUUAUCUACAGAAGAAUACAUCACAGAAGAGAGCUGAAACCACAGAGGGGACGUCCAAACUCGGAUCCACAAGACAUUGAGCCGUACAGCACAUUCAUACAGAGAGAGAAUGGACUUUACUCAACCGCCAGAGUGCAUGUCGUGAAUACUAAUCCUCAGAAUGCAAACAUAAUAACCAAAGAGGACACACGAACAGGACAUGUUUUGUAGAGCUCCAGUCAUGCUGUAUCUCUCCCCACCUGAUGCAUGUUUUUCUGUUCAAUAACAAGUGAAACAGGGCAUGUUGUCCACAAGGUGGCACUAUUAUGCCUCGUGACUUGUGUAUUCUCAGGAUUUUUCCCAUCAGUGUAUUUCACUCUAGAAAUUAAAUUAAAUAAACUUAAAUUGCUGUGUAUCCUUUGUGUAAGUUUAAUGUCUAAAGUUAAGCAUAGCAAGAGCAUUGCACUGUUAUUAAAUGAUCAUAGAAUGACAAUCAGAAUCAACUAAUUAUUUGACAAACAAUAAACACUCAAAGUUGUUGCUUUGUGUUUUUUGAAGGUUUCUGAUUUUCUCAUCUAACCUAAAACAAACAUCCUCUGUUUAAUAUCGACCUAAAAUCUCUGUAACUCAGAUUCUAAAUGUAAAAUAAACAUAAAUUCCAAUUAGAAUAGCGAACAAAGAGCACUUUGCAUAUUCAGGCUUUGGCUCAAAACUCUGAUUUGGCCUUUUU